AUGAAACGUCUUCUGACUUCUAUUCUUCUUCUUUUUGUCUAUGAAUCCGAGCAAAGAGGACCUCCUGGAAUACCAUCGGCAAAUCCUGUAACUGCUGCUCCAAUUCGCCGACAACCGGUGGUUACUCAGGCGGUAACAUGGGCGCCUCAAACUGAAGCACCCAACACGUGGCAACAACAACAACAACAACAGAACAAUUGGGGACAAGAACAAGAGAAUCAGUCACCUGCAGAGGAGAAUUGGAAUCCGGAAUGGCGGGAUCGAGGGCCGCCGCCACCGGAUUGGAGAGAUAGAGGACCUCCACCGCCGGACUUUGAUGGAUGGCAUCAUCGUCCGCCAUGGAGACGUGGACCAUGGUGGAGACGACCACCUCCACCAUGGGGUCCACCUCCUCAUGGAGGACCACCACCCCCAUUCGGUGGAUGGAGAGGAUUAUAA